AUGGACGUAUAUGUCCAGAUCACGGGACUGGACUCGGGAAAAACGCGCGGAGUCAAGGCGCUGCUCGAUAGUGGCUGCAGUACCUGCUGUAUCAAUACCGACUACGCGCAGGCAGAGAAGCUGGAUAUCCAAGAACUUCCCCAACCCAUUGUGGCUCGUAAUGCCGACAACACCGAGAACAUCAGCGGCCGGAUCACGCAUUACGUCGAUCUGAGGAUGAGAAUCGGUCUCUUCAUUGGUCUUGAUUGGCUGACGGAACACAACCCUGAGGUGGAUUGGCAGGAGCAGACCAUGAGAUUCAGUCGAUGCCCAGAGCGUUGUCACAUGAGGGGUCAUGAGGAGCAUCAAGCGAUGAUUGACAUGGAUGCAAUCGACCUGGAGACCGGUGCACCGGAUCUGGAAGAAGGAGAAUCAAUCCUGUUGAUCGACUUUGGGAAGGAGGUGGAUCUACGGCUGAAGGAAACACCGGCGCAGAAAUUUGCAGAAGAAGCAGAAAAGGAGAAAGAGAGAAUGACCGAGGGGAAGAUUCCGGAUCAAUAUUGGGAAUUUGUCAAGGUGUUUGCCAAAGAAUUGUUCGACUCACUACCGGACCGACGGGCAUGGGAUCAUGCGAUUGAGCUCAAACCUGGUUCCAAAGAGGUGGACUGCAAGGUGUACCCGCUAUCACGAAACGAGCAGGUCAAACUCGAUGAGUUCUUACAAGAGAACCUGGCCAGCGGACGAAUCAGGCCAUCAAAAUCACCCAUGGCCUCAGCAUUCUUCUUUGUCAAAAAGAAGGAUGGUUCGCUAUGUCCCGUCCAGGAUUAUCGGAAGCUGAACGAGAUGACAAUCCGAAAUCGAUACCCGCUGCCACUGAUCUCCGAGCUGGUCCAUAAUCUAUGCGGCGCCAAGUUCUUCACCAAGCUCGACAUCCGAUGGGGAUACAAUAACGUACGGAUCAAAGAGGGCAACGAGUGGAAGGCUGCGUUCCGCACAAACCGCGGACUGUACGAGCCCUUGGUCAUGUUCUUUGGUCUCACGAACUCCCCGGCCACCUUCCAAAACAUGAUGAAUGACAUACUCCGAGAGUUGAUCAACGAGGGUCACGUGGUAGUCUAUCUGGACGAUAUACUGAUCUUCACAGAGAACUUGGACGAACAUCGGCGGACCACAAAACGAGUACUCGAAUUGCUCCAAAAAACACAAGUUGUACCUGAAGCCCGAAAAGUGCGAGUUCGAACGCACGGAAAUCGAAUAUUUGGGUGUAAUUAUUGGACACAAUUCAAUGCGGAUGGACCCAGUCAAGAUCAAGGGCGUGAUGGAAUGGCCAGAACCAAAGAGCGUCAAACAAGUCCAAGCCUUCCUAGGGUUCACCAACUUCUAUCGACGCUUUGUCCGGGGAUAUGCGGAGGUUGCCAAGCCAUUGACACGGCUGACAGGGAAGGCAGGAUGGUCAUGGGGUACGGAGGAACAUGCGGCAUUCGAUGGAUUGAAGAAAAGAAUCGCGGAGGAUGCGGUCUUAGCACUGCCAAAUGA